AUGAAUGUCAAACAGUCGGUGAAGACGACAACUGUUCCAACGGUGACACAGCCGCUCAGAAAUCUAACUCUUCUGGCGACGGAGCUACCAUUGAGGUUGUCAGGCGGCCUAGAGAAUUCUAGACCUGCUACUGGAAGCCUGAGUUUAACGGAAUUAUCUUUUCCUGUCAACCGUCCAAGCAUUUUGAAACAUAAGUUUGUUGAUGAGGUGAUGGUCAGUGAUGAAGAAAGGAAAACCAGAGUUGUUCGAUUUAGAAGCAAUAAGGCAAAUGUUUUGGAUAGUGAAGAGGAGAAGACCACUGUCAAGGGUCAGAGGUCAAAAAGGAAGAGGCCUUCACCUUUUAAAGAAAAAAAUUUGUUUAAUGACUUUGAAGGUGUUAGUACAUCUUCUGGAGGUAAUAUAAAUCACGAGAACAUGGAUGCAAAUUGGAUUUUGAUGAAAUUGGGAAGUGAUGCAGAGUUGAAGUUCAUCAGGCAUCCGAUAAUUCUUGGCACAAGGGAGAGGUUACUGACACAGUUGAAGGCACCACAAAGUUACAUGUUACUUAUGAUAAUGAAAAUUUAG